CCGCCAUUUCAGUUUUUGAAGUUAGUUGUCAUCAGUGGCUGGUUUGUGGCUGUAAUUUUGCCUCUGGAUCAGAUUUUACAACCGGCGGAGCUGAAGUCCGGCCUCAAACCGAGCGGGGGUCGUUUUUUGUCGGCGGGUUCCGUUUCUGUGUCGGAGAAUUGAUGCGCGUUCGGCCAGCUGCGGAUGUCGCCCGUUCACGGAACGUGCUCCAGACGCUAAAGUUUUGUGUAUGAGUUGAAGGCUCUGCUGGGUGGAUAACGGGAGGAGAGCAGGGAAGGCCCGGUGAAGCCUCGGCUUUGGAGUGAUUAUCAUGGCCGGAAAUUUUGACGCGGAGGACCGUGGGAGUUGGUACUGGGGUCGCUUGAGCCGGCAGGAGGCGGUGUCUCUGCUGCAGGGGCAGCGGCACGGCGUGUUUCUGGUGCGGGACUCCAUCACCAGCCCCGGGGACUACGUGCUGUCGGUGUCCGAGAACUCCAAAGUGUCGCAUUACAUCAUCAACAGCAUCAGCAACAACCGGCAGUCCGGCCCAGGUUUGGCUCAUCCAAGGUUCCGUAUUGGUGACCAGGAGUUUGACGCUCUUCCUGCUCUGCUUGAGUUCUAUAAAAUCCACUAUUUGGAUACCACCACUUUGAUAGAGCCCAUCAACAAGUCCAAACAUCCCUCCUUGAUGAGCGCUGGUCCCAACAUGGGCCCCCCACCGCGGUUAGAGGAUGAGUACGUUCGAGCUCUUUUUGAUUUUCCUGGCAACGAUGAGGAGGACCUUCCGUUUAGGAAGGGGGAUGUUCUCAGAGUUCUGGAGAAGCCAGAGGAGCAGUGGUGGAACGCCCAGAACUCUGAGGGCCGAACAGGGAUGAUCCCAGUACCAUACGUAGAGAAGUAUCGACCAGCAUCUCCAAACUCGGUGGCGGGCCCUGGGGGACCGCCGGGUGGGAUGGCGGUGCACGGGAACUCUGAUGGCUCUGCAGCUCAGUCCGGUGCACCGCUGUUGGGAGACCCCGGCCAGUAUGCCCAGCCCACCCCGCUCCCAAAUCUCCAGAACGGACCCGUGUACGCCAGGGCCAUACAGAAGAGGGUGCCCAACGCCUACGACAAGACCGCCCUGGCCUUGGAG